UCCAUUGUCGUCAUGUCGAAAAUUUUCACACCGACGAAUCAAAUAAGAUUAACAAAUGUCGCCGUUGUUAGAAUGAAAAAAACUGGGAAACGUUUUGAAAUCGCUUGUUACAGAAAUAAAGUCAUUUCAUGGCGUAAUAAUUUAGAAAAAGAUAUUGAUGAAGUUUUACAGACACAUACAGUAUUUUCAAAUGUCUCAAAAGGUCAAGUUGCGAAGAAAGAAGAUUUGAUUGCAGCCUUUGGUAACGACAAUCAGACAGAGAUUUGCAAAGAAAUUUUAUCUAAAGGAGAACUUCAAGUGUCUGAUAAAGAACGUCAUUCAGCAUUGGAUUCAAGUUUCAAAGACAUUGCUACGAUAAUUACCGACAAGUGUGUAAAUCCUGAUACCAAACGCCCGUACCCGGUUUCGAUGAUUGAGAAGGCGAUGAAAGAUGUUCAUUUUUCAGUGAAUCCAAACCAUAACUCAAAGCAGCAAGCGCUGGAGUUAAUUCCAAAGCUUAAGGAAGUUUUGCCUUUGGAACGAUCGCGAAUGCGAGUGCGCGUUAUAAUUCACAGUAAGAACGCUAAGAAACUGAGGGAAAAAAUGGGCCCACUGAUGAGCGAAGUCGAGAACGAGGGAUGGGAAGACGGGAGCUUGAACUUGACGUGUCUUAUUGAUCCUGGUCAGUACCGAGAGAUUGACAAGCUGGUGAGAGCUGAGGCUAAAAGCGCGGGUACCGUCGAGCUGCUGGAUCUCAAGGAAGUCACAGAAGGGGAUAAAAAGUUGGAUUGAGUACUGAAUGUCUAACGGAGAGAUUUGUAUUUGAUUUAAAUAAUAAAUAUUUUAUACAGAAUCUUAUUGAUUAAUUUACUGCUCAUUUAUAA